AUGAAUUCAAAACCACCCAGUGCAAUCACAAAAGCCUGGUUCAGAUGGAAAGCACUGAGACUACCAUGGCGUAAAACAUACCUCGUCGGCCACGACCUGCAAGGCAACUCCUUCUGGGAAUUCCACGACGCACUCUCAACAGACAAACACCGCAUGCGGCGGAAAGUCCAAUACCCACGCUCAACACACUACAGCGAAAUCAAAAUCUCGCCACAAUGGCACCAAUGGCUGCGGCACACUCGACGCGACCCUCCUUCCCUGAUAGAACAGUCGCAGGACCUUAUACGGCAGAGGAAUCUGAAGAUACUGGCUGCGCAGGCUGAUGCGAGAUGGGCUGCGAAACCGAGUUUUCUGGAUGCGCCUGCGCGGAGCCAGCCGGAGCCUGCGUUGGAAGUUAAGGAUCCGGGAGGUGCUGGGGAUGUGGCUUCGAGGCUGGGAGAGCAGACGAAUGGUGCGAAGAGGGAAGGAGAAAGUUUGGACAACACACGGAAUCCGGAUGGAGUAAGGCAUCGAUUCAAUGAAGAGCCAGAACAAGAGGAGAGCAAGAAAGAGGAUCCGUGGAAGAACGCGAGAGGGGGCCCAAGUGAAGAGUGGCAGCCUCAAGCGUGGACGGGGAAUAUUGCAGCGAGGAGGUGA